GUCAAAGUCAUGGAAAAUCAAAGCCAAGUGACUGAGUUCAUUCUCCUGGGACUUACCCAAAAUCCAGGUGUUCAGAAAAUCAUAUUCUUUGUGUUUUUGAUGCUCUAUCUUGCAACCCUUGGGGGAAACCUGCUUAUUAUCGUGACCAUUACUAGCAGCCCCUCGCUCUUUGCUUCCCCUAUGUACUUCUUCUUGGCCUUUCUGUCUGUCUUAGAUGCAUGUUUCUCAUCAGUCUAUGUACCCAAGCUAUUAGUAGACUCUUUUUUUGAGAAGAAAACCAUCUCCUUUGAAGGCUGCAUGACUCAGGUUUUUGCAGAACAUUUUUUUGGUGCUGCUGAGAUGAUUGUUCUCACAGCCAUGGCCUAUGACCGGUAUGUGGCCAUCUGCAAACCUUUACACUAUGUGACCAUCAUGAGUAGGCGUAUAUGUUUAUUACUUGCAGGGGUGGCCUGGGCAGGAGGCUUCCUACACUCUAUCAUCCAAAUGUUCUUCAUUUUGCCAUUACCAUUCUGUGGCCCCAAUGUAAUCAAUCACUUCUUGUGUGACUUGUACCCUUUGCUGGAACUGGCCUGUACUGAUACACAUGAGCUUGGAUUUAUGAUGAUAGCCAAUAGUGGGUUCAUUUGUAUUUUAAUUUUUUUCCUCUUACUUGUCUCCUAUGGGGUCAUCCUGUAUACGCUGCGGAUAUACAGCACAGAAGGACGACGGAAAGCCCUCUCCACUUGUAGUUCCCAUAUUACAGUUGUGCUUAUGUUAUUCAUUCCAUGCAUAUUUGAGUAUGCAAGGCCUCCCAUCACUUUCUCCUUUGAUAAGAUGGUACAAAUAUUUUACACUAUUCUGACACCUUUUUUAAACCCCUUCAUCUAUACCUUUAGAAAUAUGGAGGUAAAAAAUGCCAUGAGGCAAUUGUGUUGUAGUAAAGUAUUUUUUAUUAAAAAAUAA